CAAAAAGUUUUAGUACGCCUGCUAGCUAUUUCCUCAGUAAAAGAAUCAUAAUUAAAGUUUAAUAAAUUGUAAACUUAAAUAGAAAAAUGUCAACGCCAAUAAAAUCAGCAUCAUCACUUUUACUAAAUACAAGAUUUGUUUCGCCAAGACGUCCCAAAUUAUUGUCACCGUUGGAAAACAAAAUUCAUUACACGUCCACUCCCAAAAGAGUUCCAAAGCAAAGCUUGAACUUUUCAAAAGAAUUACAAGUGCAAAAAUCUGUUAAAAAUAAUACGAUACAAAUAAAAGUAACUCAAGAAACCGACUGCGAAAACAGUUUAAUCAUUGAUUCUCCAUAUAAAUCUGAGUUACUGAAUUACGGCUUGAGUAAGUAUGAUCUUCUAUAUAUUCUGGGCAAAGGAUCAUUUGGCACAGUUAUUAAAGGAAAUUAUCAUGGUAAAACUGUUGCCGCAAAAAUUAUUAAAUUAAAUAAAUCCACUGAUUUCAUAAACGAAUCAAAUGCCCUUAGUCUUCAUCAUGAAAAUAUUAUUACAAUUCUUGAUAUAAUUGUUAGUAAGAAAUAUGCUCUUGUGAUGAUGGAAUAUAAUAAGAAUUCAAAAAACUUACAAAAUGUCAUAGAUGAUGCUGAUACAGUUUUGGACCGAAAUGCCAUUGUCAGAUUUAGCAAAGAUGUUGCAAAAGGUUUAAAGUACUGCCAUGAAAAUAAUGUCUUGCAUUUAGACAUAAAACCGAAAAAUAUACUGCUCUGUGAUAACAAAGUUUGUAAAAUUUGUGAUUUUGGCAAUUCUGUGAAAGCAUCAAAUGCAACAGAAAUGUGCACAUUUCAGGGAACAGUGGCAUACACGGCACCUGAAAUUUUAAGAGGAAAAUUACCAAACACAAAAAGUGAUAUUUAUUCUUUAGCUAUCCUUAUAUGGCAGAUGAUUCAUCGAAAGUGCCCUUAUGAAUUUCUAAAUAGUGAAGUGAUAAUUUACAAAGUUGUGAAAUUUAAUUUUCGGCCUCCUUUGGACACAAAGGAUGAAACUUUGUCACAACUAUGUUGUUUAUGUUGGGAUGAAAAUUUAAAUAAAAGGCCAAGUGCUGCGCAAAUAGUCGAUUUAUUAAAUAAUAAUAAUUAA